AUUUAAUAUGUGCGCUCUUCCACUGUACCUACAUUUUUCUGUUAGGGUAAACUCUUCAGUUAUUGGCACUUUGAGCUUAAUGUUGACAACUAAUUUACGUCUUUACAGCUCUGGUGAUACGAGUGAUCGUAUCAAUAAUUAGAAUGCCCACAAUAGAGCUGUUUACCCUACAUAGGUACUUAUUAUGUAAACAAGGUUGUAUAUAUGAAGGAUCGAUUAGAUGCGCGCGCUGCGCACUUCGCUUCAGUAAGUUCCCGUAACAGCGAGCCUCAAUCGCAAAUACAGUCAGCUGGGGUUGAAAUACAAGAAGCCAAGAUGCCGGGCGCCAGGCAUAAAAUAUUGGGGCACGUCCUGUCGGGAUUUUGCCACAAGAUGAACCGUCGCAAGCCUCUGUAUGGGGAUGCAAUGGAUACUCCGCUGAACCGAUGUCUUACCACCUUGGACAUCACUUUGCUUGGCGUCGGCCACAUGGUAGGCGCCGGCAUCUACGUCUUAACCGGCGCAGUGGCCCGGCACAUGGCCGGUCCAGCCACGGCCCUCAGUUUCCUCCUGGCCGGCAUUACGUCUACCCUCGCGGCACUGUGUUAUGCUGAAUUUGGUACCAGGAUACCGAGAGCGGGAAGUGCAUAUGCGUACACUUACGUUAGCAUUGGAGAGUUCUGGGCCUUCAUCAUUGGAUGGAACAUCGUCUUGGAGUAUAUGAUCGGAGCAGCGUCGGUAGCCAGGGCGUGGUCCGGUUACUUAGACGCAAUGUUAAACGGUGCUAUAAGCAAUGCCACCGUAUCUGUCACCGGAGAAAUGCACGAGACUCUUCUUAGUCGAUAUCCAGACGUUUUAGCAUUUUUAAUAUGUAUCUUAGCCUCGCUCAUUUUAGCGGUAGGCGUUAAAACCUCUGCUUACAUCAACAACGGCCUCACUAUUCUAAACCUUUUGGUUAUAACGCUAGUGAUAUCGCUAGGUUUUUACUACGCUGAUAUAUCGAACUGGUCGGCUGCGAAUGGAGGUUUUAUGCCUUUCGGAUUUAGUGGAGUAUUAGCAGGGGCUGCUACAUGUUUCUACGCCUUUGUUGGCUUUGACAGCAUCUCGGCGUCUAGCGAGGAAGCUAAAGAUCCUUCGCGGUCCAUUCCUAUAGCGACAGUCCUUUCCAUGGCUAUCGUAGCUUUUGGAUACAUUCUUGUCGCUCUCGCUUUGACUCUUAUGGUGCCAUAUACGAGUAUUAAUCCUGAAGCAGCUCUGCCGUCCGCUUUAGGCGCAGUACAUGCCGAUUGGGCUAAAUACGCAGUUUCUGUUGGAGCCGUUUGCGGAAUGACAACUACUCUUCUUGGCUCUCUGUUCUCCCUGCCCCGUUGUUUAUAUGCUAUGUCUACUGAUGGUUUACUAUUCGGUUUCCUCAGCGACAUUAACAACAAGUCUCAGAUUCCUAUUGUAAACUUAAUUAUUUCUGGAUUAUCAUCCGCUAUUAUAGCUCUAUUAUUUGAUUUGGAGAAGCUUGUAGAAUUCAUGUCAAUCGGUACAUUAUUGGCAUACACGAUCGUGAGUGCCGCAGUUAUAAUAUUACGGUAUCGGCCUGCUCCUACAGUUGACGAUAAGGCUUUUGGAGUUCCGCCGAUAGAUUCUCCUGGGGACCGUGAAGAUAGUUCAGCAACUGGUACACCAGCGACUGAUGGCGGAUCUUCUUCUUCAGAGAUGUUCGAAGCUCUAACAGUGGGUCGUCUCCGCCCGCAAUACGCCUGGCUCGAGCCACUCGUCGGCGGCCGAGCGCCCGGCGCUGCCGUGUCCAGCUGCGUGUACACACUGACCGCAGCUGCCGCCGCGUUGUGCGCCCACAACCACUUCGUGGCCGAACAGGCGGGCUUGUGGGCGCUGCUCCCGGACCUGGUGCUCACUGCCAUCAUUAUUGCUUGUUUAUUCAUAAUCUGGGCGCACCAGCAGUCCCCAGCGCGGCUUCCAUUCAGAGUCCCGUGGGUGCCGCUGCUGCCCGCCGCCUCCGUCAUGCUCAACGUGGAGCUCAUGGUCAACCUCAAUGCGCUCACGUGGGCGCGGUUCGCUAUUUGGAUCACCUUCGGUCUACUCCUCUACUUCCUUUACGGCAUCCACCACAGCAAGCUCGGCGAAGGCGUAGCGGGUCUCCUCUCCCGAUCUGCGAGCGCGGGUCGCGGUUGGGGCGCUAUCGAAAAAACUUCGCGGCGAAUUGGCCGCUUCGGCAAGGAAAAAAGCGACGAUCGAAAACCGAUCAUAAGCGAUGACGACCUCGCGCGGCGGGACCCGUGAUUCUAAAGUAAAGUGUAUGUGUUC